GUGUCACACCGUAAUGGGUCCCCGGUAAACAGCUAUCGGGGUGGAGCAGAUUUGCCAACACAAUCGAUGUAAAAAAAGGAAAAAAAAAUGGGGCUCGGUGUCGACGAGUGAUAGAAAUAUGAAGUGUGACACCUUUGCCAUCGCCUCGCCUUACCAGAUGACAAACUAACCCCGGAAACCAGCGGACGGACUGGGCUGUAUGGCGGGUCUGUCAUAUUUAGUGCUCCGGUUUUCGGGCUCUGCUGGUCGGACGUACGGAGUAUUUUCGAAAGGCUUGACGAGGACUUUGUUGAUAUUUUUUGAUCUCGCAUGGCGGCUGCGAAUCAGAUUCCCCUAUGUCUACCUCGUCGCCUCGAUGAUGUUUAAUGUGAGAUUACAGGUUCACAUCGAAAUCCACUGAGUCUUCAAUGGCUGCAUUAACACUUAACAAUGGAUAGUGAGCACUGCCACGUUUCAGCCAUCAGAAAACACCGGCUGACCACACACAGCGAUGUGAAGAAAGAAGACACUUCAAGACACUUCAGUCCAACACAAUAACGUGGCUGUUUGUUUUUGUCGCCCGGUGACAGCUACAUGGCCCGGCGGCUUUGCAGGUGAAGGGAAGCGGGAAUGUCUGCAGAUAUGAGACAGGGUGAGCGGCGAUAGAUGGAGCAGAUGGAGCGGGGAAAGAGCCCAGCAGUCACCGAUUCCGGAGAAGCUUGUCAGGUCCAUGAAGAUAUUUACUCGGCCUUUUCUGUCUGAUAUCGAGGACUGUAGCAUGAAUGAUUGUUGCUGUGAAAGCUUAUAGCUUCUCUUUGUCUUACAUGUACAGCUGACCUAAAUUAACAGUAUUAGUAAUUACCCAAAUCCUUUUUUAUGUUUCUGUCAGUAUGCACACGCUCUAUAAUUAAAAUGAUAUUUUAAUGCUAAAACAUAAUUAUUGUUAUCCAUGAAUUUUCAAAUUUAUGCCCUUCAAUUUUUCUGUUUCAUCAAAGAAAAGACAUCAAAGCAUUUUUAUUUAAUAGAAGAUCCCAAAUUACAGUUAUUUACUUGCAUUACUAAACAGAAUAUUCAGUUUGAGUCGUUAAGUCCAGUGUGCGGUUCAAAUCUGGGUGUAAAAACAUGAAUUCGGUUUGAAGACUCAAAAUGGUAAAACGUCGAGAACUCACCGAAAAGGACAGAGUUUGCAUUAAAGUGCCGGAUGGUUUUUCAAGCGAAUAGGACAAGAAAUAAAAUGUUCUCACAGUGUGGUCAAGUACGCUUUGGAGUCAGUUGCAGAGAUCGGUACUUACAGAAUGCGCCAAGGAAGAGGCAGAAAACAAAAGCUGAGUGACGCAGAUGUCCAACACCUCAAGAUUUUAAGUACCAGUGACAGAAGGAAGACCACUGCUGAUCUUCAAGUAGAGCUAAAUGCUUCUAGAUCAGAGUCUGAGAAGGUCUCCAGAAUGACCAUAAGCAGAAGCCUGAAUGAACAAGGCUUAAAUGGGAGAGUCGCUGCUAAGAAGCAGUUAUUGAGGGCCGCAAACAUCCAGAAACCUCUCCGAUUUCCCAGGGAGUGCAAACACUGGACUGUAGAUGACUGGAAUAAGGUACUUUGGACGGAUGAGUCUGAGUUUGAAGUCUUUGGUCAGAAUAAUCACAGAAAAGCUGGAGAAGGUUUUGAUGCGCGAUGCACUGCACCCACAGUAGAGCACGGUGGAGGUUCCAUUAUGGUAUGAGGUUCCAUUUCUGGAAACGGCGUGGGCAAAUUAGUGAAAAUCAACAGUAUAGUGGCCAAAAAGAUCUACCACAACAUCUUGGUGGAUCAUGGAAUCCCUUCUGGACUGAAACUGAUUGGUCGUGGGUUCAUAUACCAGCGAGGCAGUGACCCCAAACAUACUUCAUAGCUGUGCAGAGAGUAUUUGACCAAGGAGAAGGAAUCUGGAGUACUGGAACUGAUGGACUGGCCAAAUCAGAGCCCAGACUUGAAUCCUAUUAAACAAAUUUGGGAUUUGGUGGAUUCGAAGAUAGAUCACACAGAAGUUUCAUCUACAGCAAGUCUCUGGGAACAGCUGGAAACUAUUUGGAACUCGGUAACAAAGGAGACUGUGGAAACGUACAUAAAAACAGUGCCAGCAAGAAUGCAAGCCGUUAUUAAGACCAACAGAGGCCGUACAAAUUAUUACUUUUUUCUGUUUGUUUGGUUUUAUUGGUGGAUAAGGACUAUUUAGUUGCUUCAGUUUGUUAUUUGCCUAACAAAUAACAUUUUUUUAGUUUUAAACAAUUUCUUAAGAAGGAUUUCUAAAAGAAUUGGGUUUUAGGUCAUCUAAUGAAUUUGUCAAGCACCAUACGUGUAUAGACACUUGGUGUGACGAAUAUAGUAAACAUCUCACUUUUAUUUAAAGGGGUUCUUUUCCCUGCAUGACACAAAAUGUUUCUUUUGUCCUCUAUGAUCUGGACAUUUGUGGCUGGGUUUAACUGGAUGACAGAUAUACAUCAGAUAUCAGCAGGUUUGUUGUAGGAGAAGUCAGUAAGUGCAGUAAUGGUUCUCACUCUCACUAUCAUGCUCAGGUGGUCACCGUUUCUAUUGUGUUUCUGCUUACCAGUGGGAUCAGCAAAUCAAUGCUAAUGAAAGGUGUUACAUUGAAAAUUAUUUAUUACUAUUUAAGUUUUUAUUUCUGUGAAGUGUGUGUGAGUGGGGUUUGAAGUUACAGAGCAAAUGCUGAGAAUGAAUGAACUCUGUGAGAAAUAAACAAAUUACACCACGA